AACAUAUCCUCCUUUACAAAGUGAUUAUUCAAUAUUCACUGAUUUGUUAUGCAGCUCAAAUUAACAGAUUUGAACACUGAAUCGGACAUGGCAAUGCAAAUGAACUCUGAAAACGUUUAAUUUAAGCACCUCGUCAUAUUAAGAUCACGUUAUUCUUUGCUGCUGAAACAGGCGAUGUUUUACACCCCAUCCUGCCGGGUGUUGGGGCAAUUUAAAUAUUCUGACCGAACGACACUGAAGCGCUUUUCUUUAGAAGAGUUUGAAUCCCGUGACUUUAUUUUAUUUCGUUUUGUCUUUAGGAAACAACAUUUCCAAGUUCCUGUUAAUUUAAUUGUCAUGAAAACCAAUAUUUUCAAUUCCUGUCCAAUACAACAGUAAAUGCGGUUUUAAACGUUGCCACAAGGAAGUCAUUAAAAAGCCUAAGCUAGACGUCACUAUCCGUCUGGAUAGAGCAUUAAACUGGCUAACCUUCUCUCGUCAGAGUCUUCGAGAUCAGCGCAUUUUUCUCAUUUCAGUUUGUCAGCUAAAGUUAGUGCACUUCAGUAUACAAAGUUUGGUAGUGAUUAAUUGGAAAACUGAGAAAGACUUCUAACAACACUUCACUAAGCAUUUUUGCUGAUUUCCAUUGGCUCGUCGACACUUCGUUUUAUGUUUCAUGUAGGAACCCGUGACUGGCUACAUUUCGUUUGAACUUUUCAUUUUCCUUUUUAACUGGCGUGAGUUUACUCACGGAUAAACGAAAUUGCAGGUGUCUUGUGAGUUUGACUGACAUAAACUUUCAGGCAAUGAUUUGUUGUUUAUCUUUUCUUUAAUUAUUCGGCUGAAAGAACCCAAUGAUCAAAUAGAAAAAUAUAUUGAUCAUGUGCAAGGCUUUAUCUUUCUCCCAAUGAAAAGUUGCUUUGAGAACUUAUUUCAGUGAUCUCACCCACAGAGAGAAAAAAGAUUUUAGAAGUUCCUUUCCCUGCGGUUUUGGAUCAAAAAAACUUCCUUUUUCGCGGGAAAAACGCGGGUUAAUAUUUUGACGCACUCAAUGUUGAUGUUUAGGUCUGCGGUGGUCAAAAGCUGCCUUUGGUUGGCCAGUUAAGGAUAAUUGUUCGCAUCACCGGAGAAACCACACACGUUUUGUACAUAUACAGCCUCUGGCAUAGAAGAUAAUUUGUAUGUACAAUAGAUACCGAAAAGCUAGAGGUGCCGGUCGGUGGACUAAAUCGAACGCGGUUUCAGUUGUCCAUUAGCGCGCGCUAAAGUGUUAAAGGGUGAAGACGGCUGACAAACUGGUCAUUUGCCAAGUGAUUCCAUCGCCUAGCUAAAACGUUCACAGGAGCGGAUUUUCAAUGUUUGAACCCAAAUAGAGGAAACCAAAGCUAAGAUAUUGGUUGACAGCCAUCAUCUUGACGGAGGCAAACAAUGAUUUCAGCUGUGGCCGAUUCUUGCUCGGUUCGUUUGGAUAAAGUUAAUGGAAAAGUCUACAAAUUUCACGCCUUAGUUUUUAACCCAGAUUCGCAAGGAAAUAACAAAGAAGCGUACCUUCGCCGAAAAAAUUUAACGUCGGCAUCUGUCACAAGGGGAAUUUUGUCCCAGCAACCAAAGACAGAGUGGAAAUGCGCUUACAACGAACUGCUCAGUGGAAUAAAAGACCUCCCAAAACAGAAAGAAGAUUCUUCACCUGGGCCCAUCAGAAAGAGAUCCAAAACCGUGUCACAAGAUAGCUUUUCAAAUGAGUCUGAAGUCUCCAAGAUCGACAAACAGAGAGUGCGGUUUACAGGCGUGGAAGAAGGCUCUGUGGUGGAGACUCCAAAAUGUCCGACUUGUCUUCAAGUUAUUCCUAAAGACACGAAGGACUUCGAUUCUCUUAUGGAAAAAUCGAAAGAAGAACUUGUGACGAUAAUUAUGAACCUCAAUAUGAAUCUACAAAAUAGAAGAAGGAAACAGGGAUACUGUCCUUCUGAGAAAGACAUCGCUCAAUUAAUGCAGUUGAACAUCAACAAACCAGACCAAACGGCUCCAAAAACCAAGCCGACAAGAACGCGACGCCGAUUGAACAGAAGUAAAAGACUGACGUCCAUAUAAACAGAAACAUUGCCGGGCUGAAACUGUCGGUUGAAUAAUUGUAUAUGAAACACGAAGUUGAGAGAAUACCAGAGCCACUAUCUAAGCGCAUUUCGAAUAAACGUUACGAAGUGGACGCGAGACAGCUCCAAAUCAGUUUCUAAACUUGAAUGAAAAGAUACGGUUUAAAACCAGGCUUGGUAUGGGAGAUGGAAACUUCAAGUUGUGGCCGUGGGGAAAAAAGAAAGCUAACAACUACACAACGAGGUGGUUUUUGCUGAAGCAAGAGAAACUUUUAUCUUUGGGAGCUGAGGGAGAACUGAAUAAAAAAGAGUAAAUUUUGAAGGAACGCUAAUGGGCUAUUAAGUCCAGUUAAAAGGAAAAAUAUUUAAAUUAAGACAUAGAUUCUUGUGGAAUGGGUUUUAGAAAAUAACAAAAUGUGGACUUCCAAUAAAGGAAAGGUAGAAUAAUAGACCAAUUUCGAUAUAUUGAAAUUCAGUUUAAAACAACAGACCUCAGUACGAGGCUCUGCGGAAUAA